CCCAGGCCGGGCCGGACUCGCACCCACACCCACACCCACGAGCCCCGCUUCCACCCCAAGACGGCCCCAUGGACCUGUGCCGCUUCCGCCCGAGCUGCCCGGUGGUCCUCCUGCCCCUCCUGGUGGGGUCCAUGGCUCUCCUACUCGACCUGGCUGGGGCCCAGUGCCCAGCGCAGUGUUCCUGCUCCCGCUCGGCCCAGGUGGAGUGCUCUGGCCCCAGCGUCACGGAGAUGCCGCUCCCGCUGCCGAGCGACGCCAUGAGCCUGCAGGUGGUGAACACGCAGGUGGCAGAGCUGGGGGAGGCUGCCUUCGGGAACGCCUCGGCGCUGAUCGCGGUGCGGAUGGAGAAGAACAGCCUGUGGCGGCUGAGCCCGGGGGCCUUCCAGCACCUGUCCUCCCUGCGCUACCUGAGCCUGGCCAGCAACCGCAUCCGGGAGCUGCCCUUGGAGGCCUUCCAGAGCCUGGGCCGCCUGGAGUCCCUGCUGCUCUCGGGGAACCAGCUCCAGCGCCUGCACCCGGCCCACUUCACCCAGCUGGCCCACCUCAAGGAGCUCCAGCUGCAGGGCAACCAGCUGCAGGCCGUGCACCCAGGCACCUUCAACCAGCUGGCCUCCCUGACCCGGCUCAACCUGGGCAAGAACCGUCUGGCCCGCCUCCCGCCCCGGCUCUUUGCGCAGCUGCGGCGGCUCCAGGUCUUGCGCCUCUACGAGAACCAGCUGGCCGAGGUGCCACCCCGGGCCUUUGAGACCCUGGCCGAGCUGCAGGAGCUGGGUCUGCACCAGAACCGCCUCCGACAGCUGCCCUCGGGGCUCUUUUCCCAGAACCGCAAGCUCCAGAAGCUCUUCCUCUCCCACAACCGGAUCGAGGUCCUCCCAGAGGGGCUGCUCCUGGACCUGCCGGAGCUCUCCCGCCUCUCCUUGUUCGGCAACGUGCUGCGGGAGCUGCCUCCAGGGAUCUUUGGCCCGAUGCCCAGCCUGAGGGAGCUCUGGCUCUACGACAACCAGCUGACCGCCCUCCACGGCCAGGCCUUGGCCAACCUGACCCAGCUGCAGCUCCUGGUCCUGAGCCGCAACCGGCUGCGCUCCAUUGCUCCCUCUGCACUGGCCGGCCUGGGCAGCCUCCUGGAGGUCUCUCUCCACACCAACCAGCUGCCCUCGCUGGACGCGGAGACCUUCCAGGGGCUGGACAAGCUGCAGAACAUCUCACUGCAGAACAACCAGAUUGAGUCCCUGCCGGGGGGCCUCUUCCGCCACAACCCUGCCCUGAUGACCAUCCAGCUGCAGAACAACUCCCUGCAGACCCUCCCUGGGGGCCUCUUUGACCGGCUGCCCCACCUGCAUGAGGUCAAGCUUCACGACAACCCAUGGUGCUGCGAUGGCGAAAUCUGGGGCCUGCACACUUGGAUGCGGAGGAAUAGGGCCCUCCUUGGGGGCAGCCCACCGCUCUGUGCCUCCCCCCCUCAGGUGGAGGGCCAGCCCCUUUGGGAGGCAGGGGAAGCCCUCUUUGGCCCUGAGGUCACUGAGGUCACUGAGAUCACAGAGGGGUGGACCCCCACCUCGGGCCAGACUAAGAGCCCUUCUUGGGAGGGCCAACCGGAGACCACGCUGGCGCCCGUCCACCUCCAGCCCUCUUUGGACAGUGAGCCUGGCAGCGCAGACUCCUCCUCCGAGUCAGAGACCCUGGGACCAUCCAUAGAGCCCCCCAGCCCUGGCAGCUCUGGCAGCCCUGGCCCUUCGGAGGCUGAGGGGGGCAUUUGGGGCCUGACCCGCACCCAGACUGGGGUGGUGGUCACUUGCAUCAUGGUGGGCUGCGCCUUGCUCCUGGGCUCCCUGGCUGGAAUGGCCUACUACGGAUACCAAAAGAAGGACUCUGGCCACGCCAAAGAACUGACCCACCUGGACUCAGUGGGCACCAACCCUGCCACCUGUCCUGCUGCCAUGGGCAAAUCUGGGACGAAGGCCUGUGGAAGAGCGCUAGGCCGCGCCGCCCUCCAUUGCCAUCCGGGAGAGGGCAAAGAAAAGCCGCGGCCUACCCGGCCUCGUAAACCAUCUGCAGGGGCCGGAGGAGCGCCAAGCCGCACCGGAGCAGCUAUCGCCCCCCCCUUCCAUCUGGGAGGGAAGGAGACCGGCGAUCCGCGGCUGCCCGGCCCCUCAGCUCCAUCGGGAGGGGCCGCGGAGAAGCCUCAAGCCGCGCCGGAGCUGCUGCCGCCCCCUCCCUCCAUCUGGGAGGGAAGGAGACCGGCGAUCCGCGGCUGCCCGGCCCCUCAGCUCCAUCGGGAGGGGCCGCGGAGAAGCCUCAAGCCGCGCCGGAGCUGCUGCCGCCCCCUCCCCCAUCCGGGAGGGAAGAAGACCGGCGACCCGCGGCUGCCCGGCCCCUCAGCCCAUCGGAGGGGCCGCGGAGAAGCCUCAAGCCACGCCAGAGUUGCUGCCGCCCCCUCCCCUCCACCCGGGAGGGAAGAAGCCCGGCGAUCCGCGGCUGCCCGGCCCCUCAUUCCUUCGGGAGGGGACGUGGAGAAGCCCAAGCCGCGCCGGAGCUGCUGCCCGGCCCCUCAGUCCAUCGGAGGGGCCGUGGAGAAGCCUCAAACUGACCUGUGCAUGCCUUUCCUUCCUUUGCAGGGCAGAGGGACCCCCGGGGGCCAGGCCCGCCUCCUCCUAUUGCCGCUGCUGCUCUGGUUGCUCCUUGCCCAGCUGCCCGGUGCAGACCCCUUUUGCCCUGAGUCCUGCCAGUGCUUUGGAAAUGUGACCGUCUUCUGCUCCGAAGAGUGCCUUGCCCACGUCCCAGAGGAGAUCCCCGACAACGCCACACAGCUCUUUUUUGUGGAGACCUCCCUGGGUUCCCUCCUCAGUGGGGCCUUCGCCAACGGAAGCAGUGGCAACGCCGCCCUCCGCAAACUGGUCUUCCUCUGCAGCCCUCUCCACUCCCUGGGUGAGGGGGCCUUCGCGGGGCUGACUGGCCUCAGGGAGCUGGCCAUCUCCUCCAGCCGGCUGACCAGGCUGCAUGCCAAGAGCUUCCGUGGCCUGGGCAACCUGAGGGUGCUCUCUGUCCAGUUCAGCCCCGUGGAGACCCUGGAGGAGGCGGUCUUCCACAACACCCCGGCACUCCAGGAGCUCCACCUUCGAGGCAACCACAUCAGGGCUCUUCUUCCAGGUGUCUUCCGCCCCGCAGGAGGCCUGGAGACCCUCUCUCUGUCCCAGAACGGCCUCUCCAGCCUGCCAGAGGGGGUCUUUGACCCACUGCCUCGGCUGCGGGUUCUGCGUCUGAGCGACAACAACCUGUCCUGCCUCCCCGUUGAGAUCUUCCACAGCCAGACUGACCUCCGAGAGCUCUACCUGGAUGGGAAUGCCCUGGCUGAACUCCCUGAGGGGGUCUUCUCUGAGCAAACCCACCUGAGGAGGCUUCACCUCCAACACAACGCCCUCCAGGAGCUGCCGGUUGCCCUUUUCUCCUCAAUGGCCAACCUGACCUUCUUGCACCUGGACGGCAACCAGCUGAAGGUACUGCCGGAGGGGCUCUUCCUCGGGACCCCCAGCCUGGUGGAGCUCUCUGUGGCCCACAACCAGCUGGAGACCCUCCCAGAAGGACUCUUCGGUGCUCUGCUCCCAAACCUGUCUGUCCUGACGCUGUCCCACAACCGCCUCCACCACUUACCCGCCAGCAUCUUCCAGGGUCUGCAGGCCCUCACCCGGCUGCAGUUGGGCCACAACAACCUCAGUGGGCUUCCUCGGGAGUUGCUGGCCAACCUCAGCAGCUUGGAGGCCUUGGACCUGUCGCACAACCAGCUGGUGACUGUUCCGGAGGGCAUCUUUGAUUACAGCAUUGCCCUCUUCUACAUAGCUCUGAGGGGCAACCCUUGGGCCUGCGAUUGCCACCUGCUCUACCUGGCCGACUGGCUCCAGUACGCCGAUGACUUGGUCAAUGCGCACGCGCUCUGUGGGAGUCCGACUCACCUCAAGGGGUUCAGCCUCCCAGGGGUCAAGAAAGAGCAGCUGGUGUGCCCUCGGCGCCCUUCUGGCUCAGUCCGCUGCCGGAUGGAGGACAAGGACUCCUCCGAGGAAGGAGAGGCCAGCGCCCUGUCCCAAUGCACCUACCACGACCCAGAGGGGACCCUCUACCUGGCCUGUGGGCCGGAUGCCUGCCAACAGCUCAGGGUCACCCUUCCUGCAGCCGAGGGCACCGGGCAGCACCUGAGUGGGAACUGGACACUGGGCUCCGGCUGUGGGACACUGAGGGUCCGGGUCUCAGUGACCAUUGAGAAGGAAGAGCCCUUCAAUGGGACGGAAGGUCCAUAAGCAGGCGACAGGCGACCUUCCUCUUCCAAGGGCCACUGCAGCCACUGCCUUUGCAGGCCAAACAGUCAGGGACAAUGCCUUUGCCUUGGAGCACACAAGAGCACCAGCGCAAUGCUUCCCAACCCCCCAAGUGAGGAGAGACCCCUCCAGGACCAAGUCACAGCCCCAUACUCAUUACCAGACCCGUAGCCAGGGCGG